AUGACGCUGAAACAGAAUCCUAAGCUGUGGAAGGUAAACUUUCAGUUGGUGCCUUCCGAAGAAUAUCGACAGUCUUCAAACAUAGUAACCUUUUGUCCGUCCGACGCCGCGACUAGCGAUUCGCCGGCCGCGUCAGGACCCGAAACCUGGGGGGGUCAUCCGUCCACUGCGCAAAAGUGGUGUGCCGGCGGGUUCGCGCGUGCCGCUGACCCAGAUCGCCUUACCGGUCGCGGGGCGCGGCGAGAGUUUCGCCCGAGAUCAACAAUAAAUAUGGAAAGCGAUUCGGUGAAAGAAUUCAAAUUGGCGAGGGCCGUGUGCGAGAGUGCCGUUACGUUGACAGGUGACAGAGACAGGAGACGGCUUGACAAGCAGCGUGAUGCUUGUCAAGCCAAAAGAAAAACCACU